GCCAUGAACCAAGCCCAGAUCCCCUCGGCCGAGACCAAGCCCCACGGGGCCAGGCCCCACAUCUGCUGUGCGCCCCCUCCCCGCGCCCCCACCUCGCUGGGCAGUCCCACCGUCCUGGUCCGAGCCAAGCCCCGACGGGGCAGCCCCCAGCCGGGGCAGCCCGCGGACAGCGAGCCCUGCGCGGCGGAGCGGAGCCGAGACGAUCCCCGGGACAUCCCCGAGCCCUGCCCGUCGGAGCCAGCUCCCGAGGGCGGCUGGCUCAGCGCUGACGAGUCCUCGGGCUACGAGAGCGAGAGCGCGGGCGGGGAGCGCGCCGAGACCGCGGCGGCGAGCGGGACCCGCGGGCGGCAGCGCCGGGCUCGCACCGCCUUCACCUCGGAGCAGGUCUGCCGGCUGGAGAAAACCUUCCAGCGCCACAAGUACCUGGGGGCCACCGAGAGGAGGAAGCUGGCGGCUGCCUUGCAGCUCUCCGAGAUCCAGAUCAAGACCUGGUUUCAGAACCGGAGGAUGAAACUCAAGAGACAGAUCCAGGACCACCAGCACAGCCUCGUGUCUCCUGUUCCACUCUACGCCUAYGCCCCGGGGACCUCACCAGCUCUGUUUCAGGAUGGUCCCCACUACCCCUUUGCUCCUCAGCACCAGAGACUCUUGCCUUUUACCCCAGUGCCUGCUGUGCAGUUCAGCUUCUCCUUCCCCAGAUAUGAUGCAUCGCAAAGCACCUACCACUUUAUGGCAAAUGAACUGCCCUGCUACCACCAACAYUUCCUUCCUCAUCCUUCUUUCCAUCCAGUGAUUCAGAACAAAAUGGACAAGCAAUGCCACCCUGUGUAUGCGUUAUAG